ACGUACACACACACAGUAUGAUGCCAUAAUUUUCUCUUACGACGGACGCACCACAAAAAAUAUAUAUUUAUUAUUAAGCAAAUAGAUUUUCGUACGGAAGCAAACUGCUGAUCCAAUAAUAGACACCAGUAAAAAUCAGCCUGUGUGUGUUUGUACCAGCAGUUUGUUCGCAGUCGUGCUCCACAAACUUUUCCUUGCCGCCGCAGUCCAAUUUAGUAAGAGUUUCGAUCAUUUUACACCAAAAAAAUAUAAAUCUAAAUAAUAAAAUAUAUAUAGCUAUAUAUAUUGCGAAAUUGAAAUUGGUUCCCUCCCAAACAGUUUGAAAAUUAUUGAAUUCUAUAUAAAAAAAAAAAAAAAAAUAUUAAAAAAUAACACAAGACCGUGAUAGAGUUUGCUUUACCAAACGCUUAAUAGAAAAUAUAGAAAAUAUUUUAAAAACAUAUACAAUAAUUGAAAUUUAAUUUUUUAAUAAUUAAUAAUAAUAAUAAAACGAAACGAAAUUCUUUAAAAUUUAACGCUACGAAUAACAAAUAUUUAAGUGUAGUUUUCAACCAAUAUUUGAGUUUUCGUUUGUGCAUUUGCAAAAUAAGUAACUUAUUUAUAUAUAUUCGUAUAUAAUGGAAUCAACAUCCGAAGUUGUGUCUAACAGUGUUGCUGACAAAUCUGUAUGUGCAGAAAAUACUAAGACUGACCAACAGUCGGUGGCAGCUGAUGUUACAAUUACCAUUAAGGAACAUGCUGAAGAAGAUAAGAAGAGCGAAGUAGUUGAGAUGACUGUAGCGGAGAAGAAGGCAGUUGAAGAAUCGAGUUCCACAGAUGAAGAAGAAGUCGAGGAAAUUGUUGAAGAGGUUGUGGUAGAAGAUUGCGAUGAAGCUGAAGAUGGGGUCAAUCAAACAAUUAAAGAGGAGGUAAUUGAUUCUACGGAUGGCGGUCAGACCAAAACUACUACCGUGGUAACUGUGGAAAAAGUAACACCAGCCGGCACUAAAACCGUUGUAACCACGACUAGUGUAACAAAGGAAACCCCAACGGCAACUACCACAAUUAUUACAACACCACCGACUCCAACAACCGAAGAUGUCAAAAUGCAACAAACUGAAGCAGCUGUCCCUAUGAAAGUAGUUUCAGAAGUAAAGAAAGAAGAAAGUAUCGAACUCGAAGAAGAAGUAUCGGAAGAAGAAGAAGAGGAAGUGGAAGAAGAAGAAAUCAAAAAAGAAGACAAUGAGAAGAUUGUCGAAGCAACUGAUCUUAACAAAUCCGAAGAGUUAUCCCAGCAGCAGUUACAUGAAGAUCAGAUUGUACAAGAAGCCGAAUCACAACCGAAAGAAACAACACCCGUUAAGGAACAGUCAGUCGUAGAUGCUCCUUCUGAUGUACCUCAAUUAAAUGAGCAGGAGAAUAAUAAACAGAACAAUUUAAAUAACACACUUAAGGACAUUAUAUCAAGUAUUGACAGUAAUAUCAAAGCGGAAGAAAAUAUUGCUGCUCUAAAAGAUAGGGAAUUGGAAUUGCUUAAAAAGCAGCAAGAAUUGGCAAAAGAAAUUGAACAACAGAAGUUGUUAGCACAAAAAUUGGCUAAUGAAAAUCAAACACAACAACAAAUUAAUAACAGUUUUAAGCAUCAGCAAAGCAACGUUACCUCGAAAACCUACCAACCCAUCUCAAAUGUGUCAAAAUACUCGACAUUCGAAGAAAAGCAAGAUGAAAAUGUUUACUCCCGAAAAUCGGAAACCUAUGAAACGACGGAAUCGACCAAUGUAUCGAAAAAAAUUGAUUUGGAUAAAAUCUUUACGCCAGCCACAGAUUCUGAGGAAAUUUUGCCGAAAAAUCGAAAACUUUAUGCAUCCUCAGCGUUUUAUUCGCCAACAUUACAUCCAACCGUAGAAGAUCAAGUUGAGCUUGCACGAAGAAUAUCGCAUUCCUUGAGUGACAUUAGCAACCAGCAAUCGAGGGGACAAUGCAUGUAUGUGAACCGUAAGAAACGUUCGGUAAAAUGGGUACAUGAGGGCUGUGGCCAAGAUGAGGAUGAAAAUAUUCAAAUUACAAAUCAAAAUGCUUAUCAUCAAGAAGAAAAGGAGAAUAAUGUAAGUCAUCAUGAAAAAGUGCCAUUGAAGUUUUUAAUGAAUCCAUGUGGUCAAAUGCGUGACAUAAAUUCAUUACGUGAGUCGAUAAACACUGAGACUGGUCUGCUAUCGCCAGAUGUAAGUGCUGAAGUAAUGACUGCGUUGCAAGCACAAACGGGAAAAGGCGCUGAGCUUUUUGCAAAGCGGCGUAAAGUUUCUGAGAAGUGGGUAGUUGACGAAAGUAAUGUCGGUGCUCAAAGUCCUUCUGGUCUUCCAGAUUAUCACCAGUAUCAACAACAGCCAAGACCAUCAACAUCUCCUAGCAUUUUGCCAGCAUACACCGAUGCCGCGAAGCAUCGUGUUCAACUGAACCUACAUCAAGAACAAUUGCUGGAAAAAUAUGCCAAGCCUGGCCUUAAAGUGGUCCAGACACCAUGGGAAGCGGCUCUAAAUUCUGGUUCAGCGAGUGCAGCAUUUGUUGAAGAACAAAAGCUGUCACCCUACCCUACCUCAACACUGACGCCCUCACCAACCCCACAACUCUAUGAUGCCAGUCAGGGUGGUGUACCAGUCCAAAGCACACCUACUGAAUCCGGCAGCUAUAGCAAACCAUAUUCUACUACUGACUAUCCAAAAUAUCAAACAUAUACAGCUUCAGUACCACAGGCUCAACAUGAACAACAACAAUAUUCGGGAACUAAUUCGCAAAGAGAAUUGGCAUACAAACCCAGCAUACCCCAAGGAUGGAAAGCUCCCAGCAUGUCUUUGCCUAAAGUAGAACAUCAAAGCGAUAUUGAUAUUAAACGCGUUCAGCAGCAGCAACAUAUCACUAGUGUAAUUGCAGCCGCCAAAUCAUGUGAAGAAUUCAAUACCGGAGAUGAAAUUGAGCUAAUCGAUUUAAUUCGCGAGAAUGUACAAGAAGAAUAUAACAAUUGUACUACUACUACUACCACCCAGGUUUCCAAUCAUAUGCUCUCCACAAAAGAACAUCAGUUUGUAAAUCACUUAAUAAAAUCUCCUGAACUUCGAGUAUCGCCUUUACCAAUAAGCACUCAAGUUAAAUACGAUAAUGCCGUUCAAGAACUUCAAAUGAAACAGCUUCAGAUACAGCAACAAGAAUCUAAUAAGCCUGCGGCAACCUGUGAUAACCACCACGAAGUUGUUAACGAAAAGGAAGAGAAAGUCAGUGUUCGAAAACAGCUGGAACAGUACGAAGAUUUACACAGGCAGUUUUCAAAACAAAUACAACAAGAAGAACUGCUAAAAAAGAAACGCGAAGCAGCUAAAUUGAAAGCAUUGCAACAUAAUAGCAAGAAGUCGGCUAACAAUAUAACUAACAUCUCCCCCAAAUCUACUGAACAACAAAUAUCUCAACAACAGCAGCAGGAUGAUGAAGACGACUAUAUUAAGGUUCCCGUAAAAGAACUAAUAACAAAUUUCGAACAGCAUUGUCUGCAAGAAGAGGAACUAAACACACCUUCAACUCCUGCUACAUAUAAUCUAAAGGACAAUAUUUAUUUGGAGUCGGAACAGCAAAUAAAAACUAACGAAAUCACUGAAAGACAUAAUGAAGAUUUGUACAUGCCCAAGGAAAUACCAUUGCAGAGUUAUGCACCACCACCAGUUGCAGCUAUUCCUUCAUCAGUGUCGCCAUUCUCAUCGAAUGUGGGCUACGAAUCAACACAGAAUACUACCUACAAACCACUUAUGACUACCCCUAUGGCACCAUAUUCAUUACCUGAAUCCGCACCAGCUACUAAUAAGCCUUAUGGAGGUGGAAGCACUUUCCCAAUUAGCAAACCAAAUCAACAUGGAUUUGCCUCAACGUAUGGCAGUAAUCAGCCACCUAAGCAGCAAUACUUACCACCACAAAGCUAUCAAACGAGAACUGAAAACACCAGCCAAAAUAUUCCCCAGGUUAACUUUAAUCCCUCACCAUUGCCAUACGAUAAAUUGGCCAAAUUUGAAAAUCAACCAGCUGACGAGGGUCGCUAUAUCAAUAGUCCCCCCUCAAUUAAUUCUCAUUUGAAUGUCCGGGGGGCCAAUAAAUUACGCAAUGUCUCUCCAGCACCUUUCGGUGGAUCCUAUAAUAGUCCUUGUACGCCAUCCUCUGAUACACACUACUAUGGCGGCACCCCCAGUCCUGUUUCACCAAGUCCACUAUCUUCUAUGCAACAAUACAGUGGGCAUAACACACCAAAUCUAACACACCCAAGUGUCACCAGUACUCAAAUAUUGAAUGCUCCCUCUUACAAUACAUCCGCCCGUGGUUGGGGCUGCAGUGGUGGCACUUCCACAGGCUACCAACACCAUCCUCGCAGCCACCUGCCGGCGUCUAAGCCCCAAGUCGUAAACGCUGCUAGCAUGCCCUACACCGACUUUUAAUUUAACACUUAAACUAGAGGAAAAAAACAUGUGUAACAAUAUAAUCCAGGCGAAUUUAUGUAUUCUAUAAAUUCGCCUUGAAUAUAAUUAUUUUUAAUCUCUCUCAACACAAUAACUCCCUCUCUUUUUCGAUCUAUCUCAAGCUCAACGAAAUAUAAUUAUAAUAAAUGAAAAUAAUAAUAAUAAAGAAAAUUGUGUUUUGUAAAUAUGUUUCAUUAAUUAUAUUAUAUAAUUAUUGUAUACAUAUAAUACAUACAAUAUUUAUGUACUUGCAGGGAGAGUAAUUGUUUAUUGUUUCAGAUAAGUGUUAUUAUUAUUAUUAUUAUUAUGAAUUGUUAUUUAUUAAUUGAUGAUUGUUUAGCUUACUUACAUACAUUGUUUAAAAGUUCUAAAGUUUCAAUUGUUGUGGUUAAGUAUUUGAAUAAUUACAACAUAAAUAAGUAAAUAUAUAUAUAGAUAUAUGUCAAAAUAAAAAGCUUCAGCAUAUUUCGGAUAAAAUCACUACUCACGAAUACUCAUAACUCCCUAACGGUAUUAAUCGCCCUAAUGUGUCUUUAAAUCGGUAAUUUGAAAAAAUAUAUCAUGUAAUUAAUAUAUAUAUGUAUGAAUUAAAUUUAAGAAACCUAGGACAAGUAGUGCACUUAUUUUUUAUUAAGAAAAUAAUAAUUGAAGUACAUUGUAUGUACAUUGUACAUUCAUAUGUAUAUAUAAAACAGAUUCAGCUUGUCCAACUUGUGCGUGCGUGCAUACUAACCAGGGGUGGUCAAUUAUGACUCCCAUUGAAUAUAUAAAUUCGAUUUUUAUUUUAUAGCUUCAGAAAUAUUAUUUUGCUAAAUAAAUAAAUAAAAACACAUAAAUAAUAUCAUGA